CAAUCCAGCAGUGUUAUCUGAGUGUGUGUUCCUCAUCAGUGCGGAGAGCGUUCAGUGCAUCGAGCAGCGAGGAUGACUAAAAAGGGAAAGAUUUCACUGUUGGAGGCAUGGCUCAGGAAUCGCACCGCUCACCUGAAGAGAGCAGAAAAACUGAAAUUAUGGCUGAAACACUUGGCGUUGCUGAGAGGCCCCGAGCUGGUUCUGUCUCUCGCCCAGCAGAAUGUGAAGAUGGCACGUUUGCUCCCCCCCGCAGGCACUACUGUGUUCCGCCGCUUUACUCCGGAGUCGCUGGCUGAGUGCGAGCGACUUAAGGCAGAGGCAGAUGCUGAAGAAGCAAACAGGAAAGCCCAGAACAUUGAGAUCCCCGAGGAGGAAUUGCCCAAACCCUCCAAAGACCUUGAAGUUGGAAAAUCCUUACCAUUUAUCUAUGGAGAUCCUCCACCUGAGCUCCUGAACAUCCCUCUGGAAGAGCUUGAUCCCUACUACAAAUCCAAGAAAACUUUCAUCGUGAUCAGCAAAGGGAAUACAAUCAACAGGUUCAAUGUGGAGCCAGCCUGUUACCUCCUCACUCCCUUUAACCCCAUCCGCAGAUUUUCCAUCCGAGUCCUCAUCCACUCAUUGUUUAGCCUGUUCAUCAUGGUAACCAUCCUGUCCAACUGCAUCUUCAUGACCAUGAGCAACCCACCUGAAUGGAGCAAAAUUAUGGAGUACGUGUUUACAGGGAUCUACACCUUCGAGGCUCUGAUUAAAGUCUUAUCUAGAGGGUUCUGUAUUGGAGACUUCACAUUCCUUCGAGAUCCAUGGAACUGGCUGGAUUUCAUGGUGAUCAGCAUGGCGUACAUCACUGAGUUUGUGGACUUGGGAAACGUUUCAGCUCUGAGGACCUUCCGUGUGCUUCGAGCCCUGAAAACAAUCACUGUAAUUCCUGGUCUGAAAACCAUUGUUGGCGCACUGAUUCAAUCUGUGAAGAAACUGGGAGACGUCAUGAUCCUGACCAUCUUCUGUCUCAGCGUUUUCGCCCUCAUUGGCCUGCAGCUGUUCAUGGGAAUUCUGCGCAACAAGUGUGUCCUAUGGCCUCCUCCGGGCUUCAACGACACCACAGACACUAACAGCACUUUCGACUUUGAAGCAAUCAGAAACAAUCCUGAGUAUUACUACUUCCUGCCUGGUAGCUUGGACCCACUUCUUUGUGGAAACAGUUCAGAUGCUGGGGUUUGUCCUGAGGGCUACGUGUGUAUGAAAGUAGGAAGGAAUCCAAAUUACGGAUACACCAGCUACGACAAUUUCGGCUGGGCCUUCCUCGCCCUCUUCCGCCUUAUGACACAAGACUUCUGGGAAAACUUGUUCCAGCUGACUCUCCGGUCAGCAGGGAAGACCUACAUGAUCUUCUUUGUGGUCAUCAUCUUCUUAGGCUCCUUUUACCUGAUCAAUCUGAUUUUAGCUGUGGUGGCAAUGGCAUACGCAGAGCAGAACGAAGCCACUAUAGCUGAAGCUAAAGAGAAAGAGGCGGAGUAUGCCAUGAUCAUGGAGCAGCUCAAAAAGCAAUCCGAGCAAAGAAAAGCGAUGAAAGAAAGCAACAAGAAAGAAGAGUGUGAUGAAGAACAUAAACACGGAGAGUCUAUUGAGGUGUCCAAAUCAAAUGGAUCCAAAGGAAGCAUGGACUUAAUAGAAGGACCUGGCCAGCAAAACAGGAAAGCCAGUGUUGUGAGCUCUGCAAGCCACACACUAGAUGAAUUGGAAGAGUUAGAAAGGCCAUGCCCACCUUGCUGGUACAAGUUUGCAGACAUUUUCCUAAAGUGGAAUUGCUGUGUACCAUGGAUUAAAUUAAAAAAAUGGGUGCACUUUAUUGUGAUGGAUCCCUUUGUGGACUUGGGCAUCACUAUCUGCAUCGUACUAAACACCGUUUUUAUGGCCAUGGAGCACUAUCCAAUGACUGCGGACUUUGAAUAUGUCUUGUCUGUUGGAAAUUUGGUGUUCACGGGCAUCUUCGCUGCAGAGAUGGUCUUGAAACUAAUAGCGCUGGACCCAUACUACUACUUCCAGGUUGGAUGGAAUAUAUUCGACAGCAUCAUCGUGACCAUGAGUCUUGUGGAACUCGGAUUGGCUGACGUAGAAGGGCUCUCUGUUCUCCGGUCCUUCCGACUUAUGCGUGUCUUCAAGUUGGCAAAGUCAUGGCCCACAUUGAACAUGCUGAUUAAAAUCAUUGGUAACUCUGUGGGUGCUCUGGGGAACCUGACCCUCGUCCUGGGCAUCAUCGUCUUCAUCUUCGCUGUGGUGGGCAUGCAGCUGUUUGGGAAUAGUUACAAGGACUGUGUUUGUAAAAUCUCUGACAGCUGUGAGCUGCCACGCUGGCACAUGACAGACUUCUUCCAUUCGUUCCUAAUUGUGUUUCGGAUCCUGUGUGGCGAGUGGAUUGAAACCAUGUGGGACUGCAUGGAGGUGGCAGGCCAGGGCAUGUGCAUUAUCGUCUUCAUGAUGGUCAUGGUGAUUGGAAACCUGGUGGUCCUGAAUCUCUUCCUGGCGUUGCUGCUUAGCUCCUUCAGUGGAGACAAUUUGGCAUCAUCAGACGAUGAUGGUGAAAUGAACAACCUGCAGAUUGCCAUAUCAAGAAUCACCAGGGGCAUCGACUGGGUCAAGGCCUUCUUUAUCACAAACGUAAGGCGUUUGUUGCGUCUGAAACCGAAGGAAGAGGAGAAGAAAGGAAAUGAUUUGGUCUUGAACCACAUGGACCCAGGCGAGUCAGGGGACGAAACCAAGGAGGAGCUGAAACUGGAGCUUGAUGGUGCUCUUAGAAUGGCUGUUGUUCCAAUUGCAAAGGGAGAGUCUGAUGUUGAAAGCCCUUAUGAUGAUGAUGACAGCACUUCUGAAGAUGAGGAGAAGACUGAUGAAAAAAAGAAAUUUAAAGAUGCAGACGAUUCGUCCAGCUGCAGCACCGUGGACAAACCUCCAGAGGUGGAAGAAGCAGAUUCAGAGGAUGAACCAGAUCUCAUCACUCCAGUGGAUUGUUGCACAGAGAAAUGCGUUAGACGCUGCCCUUGCCUGGAUUUGGACAUCACCAAGGGCAAAGGAAAGGUAUGGUGGAACAUCCGUAAGACCUGCUACGCCAUUGUGGAGCAUAACUACUUUGAGACCUUCAUCAUCUUCAUGAUCCUCCUCAGCAGUGGUGCCUUGGCAUUUGAGGAUAUUUACAUUGAGCAACGACGAGUGAUUAAAAUCAUUCUUGAAUACGCAGAUCAGGUCUUCACCUACAUUUUUGUCAUCGAGAUGCUUCUAAAAUGGGCUGCGUACGGUUUCAAGAUCUAUUUCACCAACGCUUGGUGCUGGCUGGACUUCCUCAUUGUUGACGUCUCCCUGAUCAGCUUGACAGCUAACAUUCUGGGUUACUCUGAACUUGGACCCAUCAAGUCCCUGAGGACCUUGAGGGCUCUGAGGCCACUUCGCGCCUUGUCCAGAUUUGAGGGAAUGAGGGUGGUGGUGAACGCUCUGGUUGGAGCCAUUCCCUCUAUAUUUAACGUGAUGCUGGUGUGUCUGAUCUUCUGGCUGAUCUUCAGCAUAAUGGGCGUGAACCUGUUUGCUGGAAAAUUCUACUAUUGCUUUAACACAACCGCUGAAGAGUAUUUCUCAGCUGAAGAGGUGGAAAACAAAAGCCACUGCUUGGAGCUGAGUUAUACUUCUGAAGAUGUGAGAUGGAUGAACACCAAGGUCAACUUCGAUAAUGUGGGCAUGGGCUACCUCUCCCUGCUGCAAGUGGCAACAUUUAAAGGUUGGAUGGACAUCAUGUAUGCUGCAGUAGAUUCUCGGCAGGUGGAGGAUCAACCAGUAUAUGAGGCCAACCUCUACAUGUACCUGUACUUUGUGAUUUUCAUCAUCUUUGGCUCCUUUUUCACCCUCAAUUUAUUCAUUGGUGUCAUCAUUGAUAACUUUAACCAACAGAAAUCAAAGAUAAGAGGACAAGACCUCUUCAUGACAGAAGAGCAGAAGAAAUAUUAUAACGCUAUGAAGAAACUCGGCUCAAAGAAACCGCAGAAACCCAUCCCACGUCCUCAAAACUGUUUCCAAGGCUUCAUAUUCGACAUCGUCACUAAACAGUUCUUCGACAUCUUGAUCAUGGGCCUGAUCUGUCUGAACAUGGUCACCAUGAUGGUGGAGACGGACGACCAGAGUGCCGAGGUUGAACAGAUCCUGUUCAUGAUUAACUUCGUCUUUAUCGUCAUCUUCACUGGAGAGUGCGUGCUCAAGCUCAUCGCCCUGCGGCAGUAUUUCUUUCACGUUGGGUGGAAUAUUUUCGAUUUUAUCGUAGUCAUACUUUCAAUUUUGGGCUUAGUCCUGGCAGAUAUCAUCGAGAAGUACUUUGUCUCACCUACGCUUUUCCGUGUCAUCCGACUCGCCAGAAUUGGCCGCGUUCUGCGUCUGAUCCGAGGCGCUAAAGGCAUCAGAACGCUGCUGUUUGCCCUGAUGAUGUCGCUCCCUGCCCUCUUCAACAUCGGCCUCCUCCUCUUUUUAAUCAUGUUCAUCUUCUCCAUCUUCGGCAUGUCCAACUUUGCCUACGUGAAAAAAGAAGGCGGCAUCGACGACAUGUUCAAUUUCGAGACCUUUGGGAACAGUAUCAUAUGUCUGUUCAUGAUCACAACAUCUGCCGGCUGGGAUGGGCUUCUGUCCCCAAUCCUCGAUAGCAGACCUCCUGACUGUGACCCAGACAUUGAGAAUCCCGGCACGGAUGUGAGGGGGAACUGUGGAAAUGCUGGUGUGGGAAUAGUCUUCUUUUGCACCUACAUCGUGAUGUCAUUCCUGGUGGUGGUGAACAUGUACAUCGCCAUCAUUCUAGAGAACUUCAAUGUGGCGACAGAGGAGAGCAGUGAACCUAUAUGUGAGGAAGACUUUGAGAUGUUCUACGAGACCUGGGAGAAAUUUGAUCCAGAUGCUUCACAGUUCAUUGAAUUCAGCAAGCUGUCUGACUUCUGCGACACACUGAAAGAUCCACUGAAGAUCCCCAAGCCCAACAUGGUCAAGCUGAUUGCCAUGGACUUGCCAAUGGUCCCUGGGGACAGGAUUCACUGUCUGGACAUCCUGCUGGCUCUCACGACCGAAGUGCUGGGUGAGUCCGGGGAAAUGGACAUGCUCAAGUCCAGUAUGGAGGAGAAAUUCAUGGCGAACAACCCUUCUAAAGUGUCAUAUGAGCCCAUAACCAGCACUCUCCGACGGAAACAGGAGGAAGUGGCCGCUAAGGUCAUCCAGAGAGCCUACCGCAAAUACAAACUCAGGCAUCCUCGCAAACCUGGAGCCCUCAGUUUUAGGCAAAAGUGCAACAAGCCUUUGAGUGUAGCUCUGCAGAACGAGGUGGUGUUACAUUCUGCCCCUUUCACCAUCCCUGACUCAACCUACGUCGACAACUUGAAGGAGUCCGUUGUCUAGUGAGAUCUUGCUGGUUUUUCUGGUUACAUGUUCAUAAGAAUGACACUGUUUUCACUUCCACUGCUUGGUCACUUCUUCCAAAGUUAUCACGUCCCAGAUACGAAGGUCAUGUGAGCGUGACACUUUUUAUAGCUCACUAUAAAGAAGUUAAGAACUACAAUUGGUGAAGAAGCCAGUGGCAAGAAUUCUUUAAUAAAAAAUGAAAAAAGGUAGCAUUAAAGAUGUUAGUCAGGCUCUAAGCACAGUUUUCUAGUCCUGGAAAAAAAGUAAAACAAAGUACAAAUGUAGCAUGGGACUUUUAGAUACUUUUUUUUAUGAUACAAGAUACAAGAGGUUUUCUUUCUUGUGAAAAUUUGAUAAAAAACAAAGAAAACAUGCUGUAUCCAUUUCUCUAUCACCGAUAACCCACAUAUUACAUCAGAUAAGUCCAAUCUACUCAAAUGUUGCAGCCACUUGACUGAAAAUAAUGCAAAUGAUUUGAUUCCUCUUAUUUUACCAUUCAGUUUGUUUCCAGCAGGCAUGCGUUCGAAUACUGUGUAACAUCAACCUCAUCUACUCAACUCCUCAUACCACAUGAUGGCCACCUGCAUAAUGAGGGAACAGGAAAGGGAACAUGCUGUUAGCCUCAUAAAAUUUUCUUUGUGAGGGAAAUAUUACAUAUUCAUGUUUCCAUUUAAAAAAAAAGGGGGAUUUAUGCUGCAUUCAACUGAUUUUUUUUAUUUUUUUAACUCAGAUUUCUGUACGUGAAAAACAAAAAUAGUUCAUGGAUGUUUUGUGGCUAGUUCAUGACUAGUUUCUGGUUAGUUUCUGGCUAUUUUCUGGCUAAUUUAUGACUAAUGUCUGGUUAGUUCAUGACUAUCAGAUGGCUAGAUUAAGACUAGUUUCUGCGUAUUCUCUGACUAGUUUAUGGCUUGUUUACGGUUAGUUUCUGGUGCUUGAAAACAGCAAACACAAGUCAAGCUUUCAUGGAGGCAUCCACAUGUUUUUCCCUCAUUCUUUAGUGCAAAUAAAUAAAAUCUUGGAGCUUGGAAAUUUUGAAAAAAAUCUUGUUCCUGAUCCUGAUGAUGAUCUGAUUCCUUGCAUCUCUCUUUACUUGCUUGAGCAGAGGAGAAGUAAUGAGACGUGGAUGAAGUUGCGCUGGUGACAGUAUUUGAAUGCAGAUUUCAUGCUAGCAUGCUAGCAGUUUCACACAGCAAACCUAGAGUUUGGUUGAUUUCAACUUUACGUUCUCGGCUGGAGGAGUGAAAGCCUUUGCAACAUUAGAUAUUAACAACAGUUUGGAUUUCCGGAGAAUUCAGGGAUAUAAAUUUUGAUGAAUCAUAUUUUCAUUUCUGUCUGAAGCAGCAGUGCACAUAUAUAUAUGGAUCCACUUUUUCUUUUUUUUUGUUUAAAAUGUUAUUCAAUGCAGCUGCGUAUUAUGAAUAUUCUAGUUUAAUUGUAUGAGUCCAGACAGAUACACUUAAGGUCUUAAAUGCUUUUUAAUGUCAAAUGUAAAAUUUGCACGAGCCAGCUUGAAUAAAAAGUUAUUGAUAUUACAAAGCGAAUGCCGUAUUAAAUCCUGUAAUAAAUUUGGCGUAGGUUGGUUUAUCCUAAAAAAGAAAAAAAAAAAAAGCUGAGAAGCUAGCUUUUCAUUUCAGAAUGGAAUCUUAUUUUGUAUUAUUCUAACUUUUGCUUUCUAGACUUAGAUUUACUGUUUUAUUACAGUUUGAUCACUGGUAUUGCUACAGACCAAACAAAAUGAUACAGAACAGCAGUUAAACUUCGCUCUCGGAUCCUAACGUGACUCUACACAUUAGGGUUUUAUUAUUGGAAGUACAAACACUUGGUGAUGAAAGGUGUUAGGCCUGUAGAUUAAAGACUCACCGAAAACAGCAGUGGUAUUAAACCAGUGUUAUAAACAUGAAGCAGAAAUGUUUGGCGUCCUGAGUGGCUGAGAUAAAGUUUUUGUCCUUUUCUGAUUACAUUAGAUUUAAUUUGAUCCAAUCAGACAUUAGAGUAGAUUAUUGAGUUUAGUGUUCCAUUUCUCAGGUCAUGGAAUAAUAAACAUUUAUUCACUCAGACUUAUUACUCUAUUAGUUUUUCAAUUAAUACUGCAACUAAUGGAUUUUUGGAGUAUUAAAAAAUACUAACAUAAAACUACAAGUUAAAAUAUUAAUAAAAAUUUUGAUUGGCAGUGUAUAUAUAAAGAUUUACUUGCAAAAUUCCCCUGUUUACAAUUUGUCCUGAUUAACUGUUAAAUGGCUUUAAUUUUUCAAUCAAGUUAAUAAUGUGUUUACAGUGAGUGCACUUAAAAGCUUCUCUCUCUCUCUCUCUCUCUCUCUCUCUU